AUGACUCAAGCAAUGCCACCACUUCGUCUUAUUGCUCAACCAAAAGCAUCAUAUCGAGAACGAUAUAUAUGUGAAACAGAUCGUCGUCGUAAUCGAGCUCAGCGUUUUGUUCGUGCUGAUAAAAAUCCAUAUCAACUUGUUUAUCCAACGAUUGAAAUUCCAAAUGAGUGGAUAAUAAAAAGUCAACAAUCAUUAUAUAUUCGUUUAACUCUUGUUACUGUUCCAAAUGAAUAUGUGCAUGUUAGAUGUGUACAUCCUUAUCCAAUUGAUACAGAAGAUAUUCAUGUUAUUAAAGAUCCACCGACUAAUUCUCUUUAUUUUCCAAUAUCAGAUGAUGAAUUAUUUAUUGGUCAAAAAAGUUUUCAAUUUACUCAGAAAAAACUCACUAAAUAUCAAUUAAAAAAUCAUGGACCAUUAAGAAUUUUUAAUUCCGAUGAAAAAGAUAUACAACGUCUUGAAGAUCCAACAGAUUCUAAAAAAUUAAUCGAAAUUUAUGAUUUAAGACAUUCGCAAUUAGUUUUUUCAAUAGCCGUGUUUCAAGAUAAUAUUCAAUUACCAGUUAUAUACGAUAUUUCCUCUGUCUUUUCACAUCAAAUGACCGCAACUACAACAUCAAUAAACAAUGAUAGUAGUUUUCGAUGUUCACCUCAAAGUGGUGAUUGGCACGGUGGAGAAGAAAUUAUCAUGGUCAUUCCUAAAAUUGAUAAAAGAAAAUCAUUCACUGUUCGUUUUGUACAUCCUUUAAUAAAUCCAACAUCUAGUAUUAGUCUCGAAUUUCUUGAUACAAAAACUAUCUUAUUUUAUACACCACCAUGUCCAGUUCCAUUAACAAGAAAUAACCCGUCAAUAUCAAUUCCAAUUGUUGUUACGCAAAAUGGCCUAGAAAUUGCGCGAGUUAAUUUUGUUUAUCGAUCAUCAAAUAAAUGUCUGGCUUGUGGUACAAACUUUAUUUUUAAAAAUGUUAAUUCAUCAAAUAACAAUAAACGAUCAUUUAUAGAAUUUAAUGAAGCCGAUGAAAUCAAAUUUAAUGAACUAGCACGUGAUCGAACAAGAAAAAUAGAUAUCGAACAUUCUCAUAUACGAAAUUUAACUAACACAACACAGAAAUCGACACCUAUCAAAUUCAAUAAUCAAUUCGCAUUAUACGAUAAUCGUAUACUAGAAAGAAAUAUUGAUUCAGCAUUUAAAUUAAAUAAACGAACGAGUAAUUUUUUCGAACGAAAACCUACUCACGAUGAAAUAUUAUUAUUAAAUCCUACAGAAUUAAAUCAAAUCAGAUCAAGUGAAGCAAUUUCUAAGAAACGACCUAAACUUGCUAAACAAGUUGAGAAUAAAGGAAAUAAUUUAUUACGUGUAUUGGCCAGUGUAUCCACAAAUAAUGCUAAAGAGACAAUUGAAAAUAUUGCAACAAUAUUAGAUGAUGAAAUGAAACGAUAUUUAAUAUCAACGUUAAAUCAAGAUUAA